CGUUUAACUCUUUUGUAACCACGUUAUAUAUUACGUGCGACUCCUCAUCUACCUUAAUUGCUCUUCCUUCUCUCUUGUCACUGUCAUCACAUUUCUCUUUUGCUCUCUCCUCGCCGCGAGAUCCUCAUAAUAAGGAUGGAUAAUAGCAGUUCUGAGUCAGAGGAGAGUGACUACUCUGAGAAGCCUUACAAGCAACUGAGGGACGGGGAGCUGAAAGUUAAGCUAAAGGAGGAGACUUUCAAGUGCCCUUUUUGCUCUGAGAGGAAGAAGCAACGCUACAAGGACAAGGAGCUGCUUGCUCAUGCCACUGCCGUCGCCAAAUCCACCACUAGAAACUGUAAACAAAAGGCUAAUCACUUGGCCUUGUCAAAGUACCUCCACAAGGAUCUCGCUGGUGAUGCUGAGCCAGUGAUUAGCUUGUCCAAGCAGAAGCAAGCUGCUGUUGUGAAUGACGACAUGUAUGUGUGGCCUUGGAUGGGGAUUGUCAUCAGCCCACUGAGAGGAAACGAUGACGACAAGAGUUUGCUACUUAUAAACAAGUAUCCAGAAACAAAAAGGAUUCAGGAGUUUUCGCAGCGCAACAUCGACAGGAUCUUACGAGAAAAAGAGAUGCUGAACAAGAAACUGGAGUAUAGGAUGAAGGGUCUGGAUGCUUGGUCCAAAGAAUUGGACAAGAAGCAAGCAUUAACUGAACUGGAGAGACUAACUCUUGAAGGAGAGAAGAAGAAGAACGAUGCUGUGAGCUCCUCUCUCCAGUUAGCUUCACUUGAGCAGAAAAGGACGGAUGAUCGUGUACUGAGACUUGUGGAAGAACACAAGAGGAAAAAAAAGGAGGCACUGAACAAGAUCCUUCAGCUUGAGAAGGAGUUAAACAGCAAGCAGCAACUUCAAAUGGAGAUUCAAGAGCUGAAAGGAAAGCUGCAAGUCAUGAAGCAUCAUAGGGAAGAUGAAGAUGAUGAGGACGUUAAGAAGAAAAUGAAAAAGAUGAAUGAAGAGCUAGAGGACAAGUGCUCCGAGCUGCAAGAUCUAGAGGAUACUAACUCGGCCCUCAUGAUAAAAGAAAGGCAAAGCAAUGAUGAGAUACAAGAAGCACGCCAAGAAUUGAUUACGGGAUUGAUAGGAAUGUUGAGCGGUGAUCGAACCAACAUCAGAAUAAAGCGGUUGGGAGAACUUGAUGAAAAGCCAUUCCUAAAAGCAUGCAAGGAAAGAUUCAAAGGGGAAGAAGCUGAGGUGCAGUACGCCAUGCUUUGCUCAAAAUGGCAGGAAAGCCUCAAGGAUUCAGGAUGGUAUCCAUUCAAACGCGUGGGGACUGAAGACAAAAUGAAGGAAGUGGUGGAUGAAGAAGAUGAGCAACUUAAGAAGCUGAGAGAAGAGUGGGGUGAACAGGUGUCAGAGGCAGUGAAGACAGCACUGGAGGAGCUGAAUGAGUACAACCCAAGUGGGCGGUACUCAGUCCCAGCACUAUGGAAUUUAAAAAAAAAAAGAAAUGCAACACUUAAAGAAGUGAUCGAAUACAUGACGCUGCAGAUCAAGAAUCUCAAGAAUCUCAAACGCAAAAGAAAGGAUUAGGAAGCAGAGACGCUGGAGGAAGAAUGAAGACGUGGUCUUUUUAUUAGGCAAAUUGAUAAUUUAAGAACCUAUGUAUGUUGUUUCCAGCGAUCAACAAUGUUCUUACAGUUUCAGCGACUUUUGUGAGUGUUUUAGACUACAGUUUAUAAACUCCUAGCAGUUAAAUUUAUUUAUCUUCUAUAAA